GCCGGUCGCGCGCCAUGGAUGACACGAGGAUGCGGGAACGCGCGCCACUCACCGUGAUCGUGGCUCCGAGCCACGCAUCGCCGCCGCGGCUCUCACCCGACUUGCUACCAGACGGAGACGCCGCGUACCACCCGCUAGCGGCGGUCAACGGCCGCCUCACACCGCCAGGUCUCGAGCCAGCCUCCUACGCCACACUAACGCCGCUUCUACCCUUACCUCCUAUCAGUACAGUCUCCGACAAAUUUGCAUACCACGCCGGUGGCACCUUCACGGUCAUCCAGCACCAGCAGUCUUACUCGUCGUUAUCUCCAAACGCGUACAAUGAACCAUUGUCCCCACAAUCCGCGUACAGUCGGCGGAGUGUGUCGCCAGGCUCGUACGAGAGGCGGUCACCGACGCCGCCAUUACCUAGUCCUGGCCUCGACCUCAACGCCGCGUUAUUGGCGAGGGAGGAGCAGGCAGCACAGCAGGUGCAAGUCCACGACACGGAGGAGAUCAACACAAAGGAGCUCGCACAGAGGAUAAGCGGGGAGUUGAAGCGUUACUCGAUUCCACAAGCGAUAUUCGCACAGAGGGUGCUGUGCCGGUCGCAAGGGACCCUUAGCGACCUGUUAAGAAACCCUAAACCCUGGUCCAAGCUAAAGUCGGGACGAGAGACGUUCAGACGGAUGUGGAAGUGGUUACAGGAGCCGGAGUUCCAGCGGAUGUCGGCACUGCGGCUAGCAGCGGCCCAGAUUCCUCAGAGAGGCAGUUGCAAGCGCAAGGAGGAAAUGGCUUCGGAUACCAUGCCUUCCCCGAAGAAGCCGCGUUUGGUUUUCACAGACCUCCAGCGGCGUACUCUACAAGCUAUUUUUAAGGAAACAAAGAGGCCGUCGAAAGAAAUGCAAGUAACGAUAGCGCGGCAGCUUGGCUUAGAACCGACUACAGUUGGUAACUUCUUCAUGAACGCGCGCAGACGGUCUAUGGAUAAGUGGAGGGAUGAUGACGCGCCGGCGGAGUUGGACCAGCAGUGCGAGAGUCAUGACUUGGACCACGUCCCUAGUCUAGACUCCGCGGACUCCGAGGAGGACCACGACGAUGCUGAUGACCAUCUCUUGUGACGCCGUAUCCCACAGCGCCAGCUAUUGGUGCUUUGAAGGGUAAACAAUGAGUUUGUAAUUCCGAAUGCUUUUUAGUAGAAUGAAUAUGGUAUUUUGAUAUUGAAAAUAUUUCAAACAUAUGUAAAAAAGGAUAUGCUAUAUUAAUGCAAAUGAUACGAUUAGAAAUAAGUUUCCUUUUAGAGUGCGCCUUUGACUAAACUAUCGCACGACUGUCAAAAUCUCGCUUUGAUUCGUAUAAGCUUAUAGAGGGCACACUACUUGAUUUUUAUCUGUGCAAACAGUUGUAUUGGCUGCGAAACAAUCGACAAUCGUACUGUUGUGGAAUAAUUUAGUCAAACAAUGAUAUCUUAUACAAAAUAGUUUUUUUUCUAAUCGCAGUGUUUAAAAAGAUUUCCACUAAUAAAAAGCAUUCGGUGUAAACUCGUGCUGGUGUUACAUAGAGUAGGAAGGACAAUAGUGCGGUACUCGAAUGGCUGGUAUUGAUCUCUCGAUAAACGUUUCUAGUCAAACGUCAUCAAAUAGAUAAUUAAGUUUUUCAGUACCUUUACUAAUAGAAAUAUAACCUAUAGGAAUUUCACAUCUAAUAGUCGAUUUUCAUUGUCAUUUUAUGUUUUUUUUUAUAACAUAAGGUGGCAAACGAGCAUGCGGCCCCCUGAAAUCGCCAAAAU